GGCAGUGUUUACUUCCGGCGAGCGGCCGGGAGAGGGGGAGGGGGAGUGAAGACUCGGCGCCGCCGCUGACAGACGCGGCUCGGGCGGGAUUCUCCAUCCACCGUCACCGCCACCGCGACGGUGACAACCCUGGCGCUCCCACCACCCGCCAGCCGACAGGGCCGCGAUUAAACCCCGGCGUCCGCUUACCGCACCGAGGUUUAUUCCCGCCGAAGCGCGUUGGAGUCCGCGAAGAGGGUGCAGAGCCUAUGGAUUGGUUAAUGGGGAAGACUGCAAAGUCAAAGCCAGAUGAUAAACUGCCUGUGACUGAGGAGAAGAAAUUGUAUUUGGAUGCAGAGUAUAGCUCGGCCAGGGUGUCUGAUGUCGACUUGCCUCUGCUGGUUUCUCUGCCCAGUGAAAUUGACCAGAAUGAGUGGUUGGCAAACAACACGAUGACAUUUUUCAAUCACAUAAACCUGCAGUACAGUGCCGUCUCUGAGUUCUGCACAGCGGAGACCUGCCCGGCGAUGAAUGCCUGUAACACUCAGUACUUCUGGACAGAUGAGCGGGGGAAGAAGAUAAAGUGUACCGCUCCGCAGUAUAUUGACCUAGUGAUGACUCACAUCCAAAAACUACUGACUGAUGAGGAAAUCUUCCCUACCAAGUAUGGUAAAGAGUUCCCGAGUACCUUUGAGUCGCUGGUUCAGAAGAUCUGUCGCUACCUGUUCCAUGUUGUUGCCCACAUCUACUGUGCCCACUUCAAAGAGGUGGUGGCCCUGGAACUGCACCCGCACCUCAACACUUUGUACACGCACUUUCUCAUCUUUGUCAGGGAGUUCAACCUCGUCGAUCCCAAGGAGACGGCCGUGAUGAGGGACUUAACGGAUGUUCUCCUGAGCGGUGUGCCUCAGCCCCAGAACCACGUCAACCACAGAUGAGCCGAUGGCCGCUGCACGUCCUGGGUGUUAGAAAUAUUUUCUUUAGUGGAAAGAAUAAUAACUUCAACGAUCAUGUUGCCCAUGGCAAUGCUGAAGUAGAACGUGACCAACAAAUCAGUAAAUCCAACUGGCCCAAAAAUGGUGGCCACGUUGAACCCGCCCUGGAGUAAGUACUACAGUUAUCCCCUCUAACAGCCUCGCUGAAUGCCAUCGUUGUCGAACAAUAUUAAGCUCCAGGUAGAGCUAUUUGGCCCCUCUAAUACUCGCCACCACUCCACCCCUUUAACUAACCCAGAGCGUGUGUGUGUGUGUGUGUGCGAUGACAUCCCUCGCCUCUGCAGAAGAAUGCCACAACUCGCUUGCUGCCAGUUCUGAACGUUGCCAGCACUCGUGAACGAACUGGCGUUGCUCCAUGCCAAUGGCGAAGCCUCCAGUUUCUUUAAACUGGAUCUUCCGUGCCCAGAGGGUGGCACGGCUGGUGCAAAUCUGCGGGCAGAGCAAAUGCAAGCUGGUGAGAUCCCUUGGGUGACGGGGCAGAAAGAAUAUAAACACUUCCGUUGUAUAGGUGUGGGGUUUUUUUGUUCUUAGUAGUUCUGAGUUCCUGGGGUAAUGUUCAGAGCCGAGCUGGAGGCAGCUUCUGCUUAAAGGGACACGCUGCUAUUCCUGCCCCUUCCUCUUUUUAUUCCUUAUAUAUCAUUUUUUGGUGCCAUCAUGUGAGCUCUUUCAAUGAAAAUCUAGAUUCUAGAGUAACAGAUCAGAGGUUUCUUCCCAUUGCUUGUUUUAUUUCCUGCAUGUAAUCUUUCCGAGCUAUCCACUGGUCUACCACUAUUGGUCAUGUAACCUUAAAAAAAAAAAUCUUCACCCCUCCCUUCUCCUCUCCCCUGAAAUAUAGUUUCACUCCCUUUUGAUGUGAAUAUUUGUUCUGGCUGAGGUAGAAUAACCUUGAGCUAUAUAUUACGGACAAUUGCUCUGAGGCUGAAUUAGUUGUAGAAGGCAGACCCCCCACCCCCCUCCCAACUGCAUGCCUCGGCCUUGGUAUCGGGUAGCUGCUGCUGCUACUGUGUGGCAUUUUACCACCUCCCGCUCACCAUGAGUGAGGUUGUUGGGUGCCGUCCAGUUCGUUCAGCUGCAGCUGGUGGGUGCUCUGGGCCAGGUUCCGGGGGGGGGGGGGGGGGGGGGGGAACCAUUUGAGACUGCUGAGAGUUAUUUUAUUUUUGUAUUAAUGUACUACACUACUGACCUGGGAGUGAUGCGAUGGGCCGAUGAAGUGAUUCUGCUGAUGGGUGAUCAAGGCCCGUGCGUGUGAGUUGCCUCCCGCCUGUGCCUCUAGGUUUCCAACGCCUUUGUAUGAGUUUUGCUUCUUGUCCCUGCAUGGCUGGGAAGCAAGUUGACACUUAGCACGAUGGCGUUUAAAAACAGCGCCUGGGUGGGGCGUGGGGCAAGCCUUUCCACCUGGGUUACAUCUGGAUGUUUUGGUGUGAGGUGGCGUGGAUGGGAGUAGUGGGGAAAUGGUCUAGAAUCUGUUUGAAUUGUAAUUCCACAACCAUUUUUAUGUUGGUUUUGAAUGCAUUAAUCUCAUUAGGAUUGUGAGCGGCAGACUAAUUGAAGCCAGCGGAACUUCUUGUUUGGCUGGGACCCACUGUAGUCACAGAGGAGAUAGACAAUAGGUGCAUGAGUAGGCCAUUCGGCCCUUCGAGCCAGCACCACCAUUCAAUGUGAUCAUGGCUGAUCAUCCCCAAUCAGUACCCCGUUCCUGCCUUCUCCCCAUAUCCCCUGACUCCGCUAUCUUUAAGAGCCCUAUCUAGCUCUCUCUUGAAAGCAUCCAGAGAACCCGCCUCCACCGCCCUCUGAGGCAGAGACUUCCACAGAUGAGGGCCUAAUGGAUAGUUGCAUCUGCAACUUUACGCAGUAUUUUCCUGAGAUUUGAAAGGCCUUUAAAAUACAUUUAAUGAGUCUCCCCCUAUUUUACUCUUUUUCUUUUCCCUGUCAUGAAUCAUUAGAAAAGAACAUUUCAUUUGUUUUGAAGAUGGACGCAAAAAGCUGGAAGUAACUCAGCGGGCCAGGCAGCAUCCUUGGAGAAAAAGAACAGGUGACGUUUCGGGUCGAGACCCUUCUUCAGACUGAGAGUCGGAGGAAAGGGAAAUGAGAGAUAGGGACCGUGAUGUAGAGAGAGAGAUAGAGAAUGAAAGAUGUGCAAAAAAGUAGCAAUGAUCCAGGAGAGAGGCCAUUGUUAGAUGUGGGUUAGGUGAAAAGGAGUUACAGAUAAUGAGACUCAACAAGACGGCUUUGAAGCUGGUACGCCUUGGGUGGAGGGGAGAUGAGGGGGGGGGGGGUGCAAGGGUUACUUGAAGUUGGAGAAGUCCUAUAUUAACACAGCUGGGUUGUAAGCUGCCCAAGCGAAAUAUGAGCUGCUGUCUGACCCGCUGAGUUACUCCAGCUAUUUGUGUCUAUCUUCAGUUUAAACCAGCAUCUGCAGUUCCUUCCUACACAUCUCAUUUGUUUUGUCAGGUUUCUGUGAGGUGGCCUUUGUGUGAACUAGCUAGGCCAAUCCCACUAGAGCAGUGUUGUGACGUUAGUGUCUAUCAUUGUAAAAACUCUCCCCUUUCCCUUCAGUCUGAAGUGGGACCCAGAUUUUGAGUUUGGCCUAAAAUUGAAAUCCACUGAAGUCCGUGAACUUUACCACACACACACACAAACACACACACACACACACACACACACACACACACACACACACACACACACACACACACACACACACACACACACACACACACACACACACACACACACACACACACACACACACACACACACACACACACACACACACACACACACACACACACACACACACACACAAACUUGUACUCUGGGAAAGAAAUCAGAGUAGGAACGAGCAAAUCAGCUAUUAUUGUAAUGACAACUCUUGGUGUUUGAAGCUGUGAUGGUGACACUUGACUCUCAGUAAAGUUGACAGUGAAGGACUCAUUGGGUCAUAAGUGAUAGGAGCAGAAUUAGGCCAUUCAGUCCAUCACGUCUACUCCACCAUUCAAUCGUGGCUGAUCUAUCUCUCCCUCCAAACCCCAUUCUCCUGCCUUCUCCCCAUAACCCCUGACACCCGUACUAAUCAAGAAUCUAUCUAUCUCUGCCGUAAAAAUAUCCAUUGUCUUGGCCUCCACGGCCGUCUGUGGCAAUGAAUUCCACAGAUUCACCACCUUCUGACUAGAGGAAUUCCUCCUCAUCUUCUUCCUAAAGGAACGUCCUUUAAUUCUGAGACUGUGCCCUCUAGUCCCAGAGUCUCCCACUAGUAGAAACAUCCUCUCCACAUCCACUCGUUCGAAGCCUUUCGCUAUUCGAUACGUCUCCAUGUGCUCCCCCCCUCAUUCUUCUAAAUUCCAGCUCAGUGCUGACAAACACUUAUAUUAACUCUUUCUCGGGAAGGGAAAUCUGUGCAAUCCAGGUAAAGUGACCAGGUGAGAUGUCCACCAUUGUCCCUCGCUGGCAGUGGCUGCCAGGUAGGUUGCAUUUAUGAAGUGCCGCGUAUUUGGUUUCCACCACUUUUAAAGGCCAGAACAGUGCAAUGGGUUUAUUAAUUUUAAUGACAUUUACCGUAAUUUCCUCCUCGGUAAGGCUAUCUUUAGGGUGACCAUAUGAUAUUUAAGAAUAUCCACAGCAGCUAAAAAAAAAUAAAAAUGACUGCUAGUAGUUUUUUGUUUCUUUUCCUCUUGAGUUCAGAUACUAUUUAUGUUGGCAUGCUGUCUUUCUUUCCCCUCUGCUUUCAUUGGAACAGAAAACAGUCCCGGGGAGUGAGUGACUAGCUAUGAACUCAGAGCAUCCAUGAGCACCAUUUUACCUUUGCAUAUUACUCUACAAUAGGUCUAGGAGGAUUGUAAUUCAGAAUGUUAGGAGUACAGCAGCUUGCAAGUGCUUUUUCUUUGCAAAAUCUGUUGGUUUUUUUUGGUUUUUUUAAAAAGCAAACCUAGGUGACAUUGUGGUUGAUUCUGGACGAUGUAUGUUUCCUGUACCGGAUGUGUGUGUGUGUGUGUGUGUACAGCAGGCACACUGAGACAGCCUCAGGACAAGCACAAUGGAAGCGAGUAGUUCCUAGGUCCCUCUCCUAAAAUGGAUGGCUGUUGCCAUCUCAAGCGAGGAGGAGUUGAAAGGAAGACAUUUGGGGAGGGGAGGAAGCGUUUGCUUGGGUGUGGGAAAGGUUUUUGCAGCUUGGGUAUCUCAACAUGUUUUAUUUUUUUGUGUGGUAGAGGGUGGGGGAAAAGACAAUGUACACGUCAAUUGUAGGAGCAGUGAGGACAGAACACUUGAGGUGAGAUUGCAAAGCAAAAAUCCGUGUCUGGCUGAAUUCACGAGAGCUGCAGCAGGAAUGACUGAGUUAUGUUGCCUGAUGCCACGGUUUUAUUGUGUUGCAUUGUGUAUGAUAACCUCCCUUCUGGGUCCACUGUGUGUAUUAGUUAGUGCAGGACUUUCAUGUUAACCUUUUUAAUUUGUUUUUAAUUUAUGUGCCGAGCUGAGGUCUUGGUCACCUCCAGUUUAAAUUCCAUUUGGAAUAUUUUGGAGGACCAAGAACCAAGAAUUUACCGGCAGUCGCAGGCUGUGUGUGUGUGUGUGUGGUGGCCUGCAUGGCCAGUGUAGUCAUCUCAGUUAGGGGUCAAAGACAGGAUGGAUAUAGACCACUUUGAACUGCUAUUAUCAUCUGGAGUGAUCUGCAGUGAAGCCAGUCUCUGGCGUUCUGAAGCCCAGCAGACUUUCUUUUGGGUAGCAGACCUUUGAAGCGUAUGAAUACUUGGAUCCAGUGUCCGGGUGGUGUUCACUGCCAGGCUUGCUGGCUGGAUGGAACCCUUGACCUGAGAUGUGAGUUGAGCUCCCUCCCUUCCCUUCACCCUCCCGUGUGUUGGUUCACCCACACGGCUGGCUUUGGGUACACACAGGCAGCAAGCGAACAAGAUCACCUCAUUCUCGAAGGAAAGAAGCAUUCUCGAUCUCACUGGCUGAGCUAAUGUAAGGAUUUAUUUCGCCUUUGAACUGGAAUAAUCUGAUUUCUCCUGAUUACUUCUCGAAGCCUUUGCUGGGCGAUCGUGCUGCAGUAUAACGAGACAGAGAGGCAAGCUGCAGCCUAUUUUUGUUUCAUAUAAUUUGAUUUGAUUUCUUGUAGACAUUUGAUUUUAUUCCUUUCUCGUGAGGGACCUGUGAUUAUUGGACGGUUGUGAAGGGAGUCAUUCACAGGCACUCUGACACACUUAAUGAUUGGCGAACAGGAAAGUGUGCUUACAAGCUGUCUGCUCCAAACCAAAAGCAAAGAUAUGAUCUUUGACCAAAAGAGAUGUCUUCAGUUCAAUGUACAACUGAUGGUGCUAGCUUGUUGCUGUAAUGAGUUGUUAAUUUACAGGAAGCCCUCUAAUAGUCUGUCAAUACUGGAUGUAAUAUAACUUCUUAAUAUCUCACAUUGCAUUUCACAAGAAAUCGUAAAAUAAAAGAAUAACAUUUACUGAA